AUGGGUUUUUUCAUAUCGCGAACAUGGCGCCUGCCGAAAAUCAUCUACUUUCUCAUGAUUUUUGAACUGCCAUUCACCGUGGCCAACCUUGCGCUCUUCGGUAUUGCAUCGCCGAACCUCUAUCGCACCAUUCUGUGGAGAGUGGGAGGCGAGUUUGGCUUCAACUCGAAGCCAAGUACCGUAUUGUACGCGGCUGCGAAUUACCGGCCAGUAGAUACACCUCUAGUAUGGAGUAGCUUUAAUACCCAAUAUCACCUCGUAAUCGGCGUAGUAUGCAUGUUCUUCUGGCUCGUCAAAACAACCUUAUGGCUCCUCAAGGUCUUCUUCCCCAUCCUCUCGCUCCUCCUCCACAUCGCACUCAUGGCCCUAUGGGCAUACGGCAUCCACAUCCAAACCGCACCCGACACCAUUGACCCAGAGCACGUAAACAACGGCGCACCCUGGUACCUCACCAAGAACUGCAACAUCGUGGACGACAAGCACAUCAAGAGUUAUUGCAUGCAGGCCAAGAGCAGUUUCGCCGUUAGCAUUAUCAUGCUCACCAUCUACGUCGUCUUCUUCGCCCUAUCAGCCUACUCCCUCAUCCCAACCACCGCCCAGAAACAAGCCCACGCCGCGCGCAGAGCCGAAAAGAAAGCCGAGAAGGAGAAGUGGGCCUCAUCGCCCUACGACAACGAGAUGACUGCCGACGAACAAUGGCAGCACAUGUGGGAACUCCAACAACUACCCCGUACACCCGGUACCAUUGGCGGCAUGAAGUCGCCCAUGACACCACGCACACAAGCAUUCAACAACCUUGGCGGUGAGGAGGCUGCACACGGAGGAGGAGGUUACUACAGUAAUGUGCCUGCGGGAGGGAACGGCUGGUAUGGGCCGCCGCAGCACCAGCCAGGGUCUAUAACCAUCAGUCCAGUUAUGGAGCAAGACGAAUACUACUCGCCACAUGAGGGCAAGGGCAAGACACCGGGUUGGGGCGGUAAUGCGUACUAA